AUGGCGUCUACGAUUCUUGUUCUAUCUCUACUACUUUCAGUAUCUUCUGCUGUUGUAGGAGUUCAAGAUGAAAACCCAAAUUUGAUAAAGUUGGGCUCGUCGCUCUCGCCAACCAUUCAACCCAGCUCGUGGUCCUCACCUUCCGGUCGCUUUGCAUUCGGCUUCUACCAACAAGGCAAUGGCUUCUCCGUCGGAAUUUGGUUGGUGGAAGACCCCGUAAACACGGUGGUCUGGACGGCAAAAAGAGACGAUCAACCGGUUUCCUCGGAUGCUACUCUGAACCUUACUACGGACGGGUGGCUUGUUCUCCGAACCGGUCAGGGUGAGGAGACGACCCACAUCAUCAAUGCCUCCAAACCCGCUUCCUUUGCCUCAAUGCUAGAUUCUGGGAAUUUUGUGCUCUACGACUACAACAAUUCUUCAGAAAUUAUCUGGGAGAGCUUUGAUAGCCCAACUGACACCAUAUUGGGUGGUCAGAUUCUGAUGUCGCGGAAUAAAUUGGUUUCCAGUGAAUCGGAAACUGACCACUCGAGUGGUAGGUUUUAUCUCAUAAUGCAGGAAGAUGGAAACCUUGUUGCUUACCCAGUAAACACUACCAAACCCAUUGAUGCUUAUUGGGCUACCGGUACUUUUGCAUACAAUUACAAUCACAGCUUGUAUCUUUAUCCUAAUGGCACUCUAAUGCUCGGAAGCAUAUCAGAUUUCAAUGCUUCGUCGUCCCCAUCGGCCGGUAGGAACGGGACCAUCUUUCGUGCAACACUUGAUCCCGAUGGGAUCUUUCGGAGGUAUUCUCACAACUUCGGCGGUAAUGGCAGUAGAGCCAAUACAACGAUAAGGUGGUCAGCUUUGCAUGACCCAUGUGAAGUCAAGGGCGUAUGUGGCUUCAAUAGCUACUGCUCCCUUGUGGGCACAAAACAUGAUUGCGUAUGCCUUCCUGGGUUUGAUUUUAUCGACCCCAAUCGGAGGUUCCGGGGCUGUGAGAGGAAUUUCACUGAAGAAGGUUGCCUAGACUUGAAAGACACAGUGGUUCAGUAUAAGAUUAUUAGUGUGGAGAAUUUGAUUUUGGUGGACCAUCCUUUUUCAACAGAGUUUAAGGAUAGAGAAGAUUGCGAGAAGUCAUGUUUAGAUGAUCGUAAUUGUGCGGCAGCGCAGUUUCAGAUUGAUAGUUGUAAGAAACAGAAGCUUCCUUUGAGGUAUUUGAAAAUGAACCCAAAUGUGUCCAGCACAGUUUUCUUCAAGGUGAGCUCCGGAUUCAUCCAGAGCAGAAACAGAACCUCAGAAUCAGAUGGAAAUAAAAGACUGGUUCUAAUCGUUACGGUAAGUUUAGGUUCUCUCACAUGCUUGUUUGCUGCCAUUGCGAUCUCCAGUUCCCUUAUUUACAGACGACGAAAAGUACAGUAUACAAGGUUGCUACAAAAUGGCAACAUGGGUCUGAGUGAAGAGUUUACGCUGCGGCUGUUUACUUAUGAAGAAUUGGAGAAGGCAACUAAUGGCUUCAAGGAGGAGUUGGGUAGAGGCUCUUUAGGAGCAGUUUAUAGAGGCGUCUUAUCACAAGAUAACCGAAUCGUCGCUGUUAAGAGACUGGAGAAGAUUGAUGAAGGAGAGAGGGAGUUUAAAGCAGAGAUGAGUGCAAUAGGAAGAACACACCAUAAGAACUUGAUCAGACUGCUUGGAUUCUGCAUUGAAGGCUCUAAGAGGCUUCUGGUUUAUGAAUACAUGAGUAGCGGCUCACUUGCGCAAAUUCUCUUCAAUGCCGAAGGACGACCCAUUUGGAGAGAAAGGAUAAGAAUCGCACUAGACAUAGCCAGAGGAAUUCUCUACCUACAUGAAGAAUGCGAGACUCGUAUCAUCCACUGUGAUAUAAAGCCUCAGAAUGUACUGAUGGAUGAGUUUUGGACUGCUAAGAUCUCGGACUUCGGGUUAGCAAAGCUGCUGAUGCCAAAUCAAACAAGAACCUUUACAGGUUUCAGAGGAACGGGAGGUUACGUAGCACCUGAGUGGCAGAAGAAUGUCCCAAUAACAGUGAAGGCCGAUGUUUACAGUUUCGGAAUCGUGCUGUUGGAGAUUGUAUGCUGCAGAAGCAACAUGGAGGUUAAUGUAUCGUCAGCAGAUGAGAUUAUUCUUUCUAGUUGGGUUUAUAAUUGCUUUGUGGCCGGAGAGCUGGAUAAGCUUGUGGGUUAUGAAGAGGUAGAUAUGAAAGCACUGGAGAGGAUGGUUAAGAUUGCACUUUGGUGUAUUCAAGAUGAACCUGCUCAUCGUCCUUCAAUGAAGACUGUGAUAUUGAUGAUAGAAGGGAUCGUGGAUACAAGCAUCCCUCCAUCUCCAUGUCUCUCUUUUGUUAAUUCUUGAUCUGUUAUCCUUUUCUCUCCUUGGGUACUAAGUUUUGUAUGUUAACCUGCAGCAGAAAAUAAAAAAGAAAAAGAAAAAAGAAGCAAUGUGUGUGUAUUAGUUAUUUAUAUGAAAAUAAUGUUAACCUGCAGCAGAAAAUAAUGUUUCCUAGGCAAUUAAUUAA